AUGAAGCUCGUAAGGAGAUUCAUUCUGUUUGUGAUUGCUGUAAUAGCAAGUUCACACUUGUAUUGCUCAUUUAGUGACGUGUGCCCAACGCAUCUGUCAUAUAUAUGCCAUUAUACCACACCACUCACGUAUGAGCCAUUUGUAGAAGAAAAAUUUCCAGCCGUUAAGCCAUGGUUGGAACAUAAUGUAUUGCGUCAUGUUAAUGAUAUUACUUCAGACUUGGACCACCGUUUAGGUCCUAUUACAGGACGGACUAAAAGGGUUUUUAUGAGGGAGGUUCUUCCUCGUCUGAGGAAGGGACAGCUGUAUUGGGAUGCAGAAGUUGUCCCUAGAGCUACCGAGACAGCCAAGUGGGCGAUUUCAAACGCUAGGUUUUACUAUCGCGUGUAUGUGGAACCCAUGGCAAGAAAGUUAUGGCGCAUCUUGCUUGCUGAGGCUCAGAGGCUAUAUGCAUUUGGUAAAUUAAAGGCGGAAAUUUACUAUAAUACUUUUGUCCAGCCACAUUUACAACAAUUGAAAGCUUACUUUGUAUAUCUAUACCAUAAGUUUUUGACCAAUUACCCUUUAUUCGAAGCUGUUAUUAAUCACGGGCAAAGGCAUGCGGUAACGAUCUAUGGUGCAGUACAGAAGCACUUUUCAGUUGGGCAGGAGUAUCUGAAGAGGGAAUUUGCGUCAAGUACCACUCCGGGAAUGGCAAGCACCGUGAAUGUGGAAACAUCUGUUGACACUGAGGAGAGGGCUGCCAUAGAAGACCUUGAACGUACCGAACUUGAGGAGACGAUCUAUAUCACAUCUACGGUGACGAAAACAUUCACUGCCAGUGCCGAACUGGCAACAGCUGUCACUGAAGCUACAUCUGCAAAGGAAUUGGAGGUAUCACUACAUGAUCUAAUCCACGAUGAGUUCCAAGCUUGGAAGCAAACAAUCGAGAACAAGGCAGACAACGUCCUCAAAGCAUUUACCGACGAGAUCCGCGAAUUCGAACUCCAGCAAUUAGAAGAGAUAUCACCAGUUCUUACUCGUCAUUUGCGUGAAUUUAACGCUAAAAGCAAGGAGCACUUCCGUAAGAUCAACAAAGUUAUCCAAGAGAUUAACUGCACCAUGGGAAUUGACCCGGAGACUAACGCUACUAUAUGGUUCGAUAAAAGAGGCACCCAAUUGAAAGAGUAUAUUACAAGACCAUUGCUCCGCGAGCACUUUGCGCAAGCCAAUGGUGAAUUAACCAAUACUACGGACUUCAUUCGUGCCGAGCUAAAGUCCAUUGUUGACUCCGUGAAUGAUCGCGUUGAUGUAAUACGUGAAGAGCAUCUCGAGAUCUAUGAGGAAUGGGGAGAUGUGAUGAUCUCUGAAUGGUCCAAACGCAUGGCAUACAUCGACGUUGUGGACCAUGACAUUGACUCCGAGGAGCAGCGCCACAACAACUGGAAGCAGUUCUUAAAGCUAAAGAAGCAUGUCAUUAAAACGCGUGAACUUUUGAUGGAACAUCCCGUCAAAUUCAAUGACUUGGAAAAGUUUUUGAAAGAUAUCCAGAACACGCUUAGAACUAUGGCCCAGGAGAAUGGCGAGUACAUGUACAUUCUGAGAUCUAAGGCAAAUCUCUACUUCCAAGAGCGUGAAAAGCAGGACCGUGCACGUGAAAAGCAGGAGAGCGAGUUGGCCACACAGACAAUACAGGAGCAAUUAAGCACAGAUAUCCUUCUAAACAAUAACGCAUCUGUUGGAUCUAUUUACAAGGUAAAUAGUGUUCCUCAAGAAUAUGUUGUCGAAAUUGAACAGACAUUAAGCCUAGAUGCGAGGAAGCCAACCCUAAGCUUAGAUAUUGAAGAAGCUGAAAUCAGCGCGGAUGUGGAUGAAGUCACAUUAAGCUUGAACACUGAAGAAACUACAUUAAACACAGAUCCAAGGGAAUUCGUUUCCGGGUUCGACCCCGAGGAACUACAUUAA